AUGGACUCGAUCGAGAGUGGGUGGAAAAAAUACAGAGGAGGGUCUGAACCGAGUUUAGUUGACCGGAUUCACACUUGCCGGCAUGAGAUCUCUACCUGGAGAAAGAAUAACCAACCAUAUGGAAAAACAAAAAUCGCGGAUCUACAACAAGCGUUAGCGGAAGCACAAGACGAUGAUACACGUACCCAGGAUGAAUUGUCCGCUAUUACGAAUAAGCUAAAGGAAGCACAUAGGGAUGAGGAGGAAUAUUGGAAACAAAAAAGUAGGAACAUGUGGUUAAAGGACGGAGAUCUAAAUACGAAAUUUUUCCACGCCUCCACCAAACAACGGCGAGCGAUAAAUCGGAUUGUGGGACUCCAUAACGAGGCUAAUGUCUGGGUGGCGGGAGAAAAAGAGAUAGAGACUGUAGCGGUAAACUAUUUUGAUAGUCUAUUCACGUCCAAUUUACCGGUGGACUUUACGGGAGUCCUAGAAAAUGUUUCGGAGCGGAUUACUAUAACGGAGAAUGAAGUUUUAACGCGUCGUGCGACAGAAGCAGAAGUGCGGGAGGCUUUAUUUAUGAUGCAUCCAGAGAAAGCGCCAGGACCGGACGGAAUUACGGCUUUGUUUUUUCAACGUUCUUGGCAUAUAGUUAAGGAGGAUGUUCUCACCAUGGUUAACGAUUUUCUCACAUCUGGCAGUUUUGAUGAAAGAUUGAACAUGACCAAUAUUUGCCUAAUACCAAAGACAUCACGGCCCACUAGGAUGACAGAAUUGAGACCCAUUAGUCUUUGUAAUGUGGGUUACAAGAUUAUCUCAAAAGUCCUUUGUCAGAGACUUAAAGUGCUACUACCAAGAUUGAUAUCAGAGACUCAGUCUGCUUUUGUUCCCGGUCGACUGAUUUCGGAUAACAUUUUGAUAGUCCAGGAGAUGUUCCAUGGAUUGCGGACAAACAAAUCUUGCAAAGGAAAGUUUAUGGCGGUAAAGACGGAUAUGAGUAAGGCUUAUGACCGAGUGGAAUGGCCUUUUGUGGAAGCCCUAAUGAGGAAGAUGGGCUUUGCAGAACAAUGGAUUGUGUGGAUGAUGCGGUGCAUCACAUCAGUAAAGUAUAAGGUAUUAAUUAAUGGCCAACCAAGAGGUCAAAUCACACCUCAUAGAGGACUCCGACAAGGAGACCCCCUAUCUCCGUAUUUAUUCAUUUUAUGCGCGGAAAUAUUAAUAACAAAUCUGAAGAAAGCGGAAGAAAUGAAGAGGAUUACUGGGUUGAAGGUAGCCCGGGCAAGCCCAGCGGUUUCCCAUCUGCUGUUUGCAGAUGAUAGUCUUUUUUUCUGUAGAGCUACUAGUGAAGAGAGCCGGGUACUGUUACAGAUUCUAAAGGAAUAUGAGGUUACAUCGGGACAACAAAUAAACUUUGCAAAAUCCUCGGUACAAUUUGGACAUACGGUGGAUACGGGAGUACGUGCCGAGAUUCAUCAAAUUUUGGGGAUAGGCAACGUCGGUGGGAUGGGACAAUAUCUUGGAAUACCAGAGAGUAUGGGGGGAGCUAAAACGAAGAUCUUUAGCUUCCUGAUUGACAGACAGCACAAACGGAUUAAUGGAUGGAACUCAAAGUGGUUGUCAAAAGGGGGUAAGGAGGUACUGAUUAAAUCAGUUAUAUCGGCGAUGCCUAUGCAUAUGAUGUCCUGUUUCCGGUUGCCGAAAGGUGUUACAAACAAACUUUCUAGUGCGGUGUCAAAUUUUUGGUGGAGUAGUACGGGGCAGACACGAGGAAUGCAUUGGCUGGCCUGGAAAAAACUCUGUCGACAUAAAAACGAUGGAGGUCUGGGUUUCCGAGUGAUUGAGGAUUUUAAUACCGCCUUGUUGGCGAAACAGCUGUGGCGACUGAUGGAUAACCCGGAUUCUUUAUUUUCACGCGUGUUCAAGGGACGGUAUUACAGGAAUACAACUCCUUUGGAACCCAUUAAAUCAUACUCGCCUUCCUAUGGUUGGCAGAGUAUUAUCUCGGCUCGACCUCUGGUAAACAAAGGGCUUAUUAAAAGGGUUGGUUCUGGAAUCUCUAUUUUAGUUUGGGGGGAUCCAUGGAUUCCAGCUUCUCGCCCGAGGCCAGCCAUGGGAAACGGGGUUCAUUUUCACUCUCAUCUUCGGGUAAGUGAAUUAAUGACACCCGGAACAUUAACGUGGAAUCUUCCACUAUUAAAUCAACUUUUCGAGAGUAGUGAUGUUUCUACAAUAAUGGGGAUACCGACAUCAAGGGCCGGCAGACCGGAUUCCGUGGGAUGGUUUUUCACGAAAACGGGACGAUAUACGGUCAAAUCGGGGUACGACCUGGCGCAACAAAUCCACGAGGAGGAUAGUAAUGUGCCCAUUGGGCCAGAUAUACGGCGGCUACUAGCACACGCGUGGAAAGUAAAGUGUACACAAAAGCUUCAACACUUUAUUUGGCAAGUUUUAACGGGAUGCAUAUCUGUAGGGGCACGACUAAGAAGCAGGGGAAUGCAGGUCGACCCACAGUGCAUGCGAUGUGGGAUGGCUCCAGAAACCAUUAAUCAUCUAUUAUUCGAAUGCCCCCCGGCAUUACAGGUGUGGGCUUUAUCGCCAAUCCCAACGGCUCCCAACCGAUUCCCGACGGGAAGUUUGUUUACAAAUGUAGCUCAUUUGUUUUGGCAUCUACCAGAGGAUGACAGGAUGGGGAUGUACCCUUGGUUGAUUUGGUUCAUUUGGAAAGCCCGCAAUGACAAGGUUUUUUCUAAUGAUGAUUGGGAUCUCAAUGAUACUAUUAACCUGGCGGCACGAGAGAACAUUGCAUGGGCCAAGGCCCAGGAAAAACGAGGGGGUGUGUCCCUUCAAGUUGGAUCAUCAGUGGAUACCCUGUUUCAGGGUGAUAUAUGUCAGGUGGAUGGAUCAUGGAAAGCUACCGAACCACGGGCGGGGCUGGGAUGGUAUAAUUAUAAUACCAACACAGGAGAAAAACUUUUGGGCACCUGCAACUUAAGACGUGGACUCUCGCCCCUGCAAGCAGAGGUUGAGGCACUCCUAUGGGCUAUGCAGUGUAUGCUAAGGCAAGGGAAACAAGUAAUAAUGUUCGAAACGGAUUGCUCCGACGUCGUCAAGAUGGUGUCUAGUCCGGAGGAGUGGCCAGCUUUCGCACCUUUGCUAGAAGAAAUCGACAUAUGUAGAAGGAGAUUCCCCUCUUUCUGCAUAGCGCACAUACCGAGAAAGAAGAACACGAAGGCAGACAAGUUAGCACGCAGUGCUCGAGCUCUACCUACUGAUGUGUAUUAUGUAAAUUCUGUUCCACCGGCUUGGAUCACUGAGUUGGUUUAG